AUGCCCCGAGCUCUUCUUCUUUUCCUCCUCCUGUUUGCUCUAGGACUGGAUGGCGUCUUAGCAAUCAACCUCCGAUACGCACGCCUUGCACCGCCAAAGCCAACAAAGGCCCCCUCGCGCAACGGUACAAACAUCUUGAACGCCGAUCUCAAAAGACGACAAGCCGCCUCAGUGACCUCCGUGUGCGGAUACUACGACGGCGACCCGGAGAAAUCAAGGACAGCUGAUCCAGGGUUCGGCUGCCGGCUCGACAUCGACCGCGGGCUCUGGGGAUUCUGUCCCACGACCGUCAUCUCUGCCAAAGACUGCGGACUGGCCGGCAACUGCGUCGACUCGCAGAACUGUAAAUCCGGCUGCGGCAAGACGGGUAUUGCAGGCCUGACGACUUUCACCUGUGCAACAGAUAGAUUCUGCUCCACCGUUCUUCUUGAAGGGGGCUUCGAAGGAGGCUUCUCCUACAUUGCCUGCGGCAACGUAGCGACAGUAGAAACGUUGUUCAAAGAACCCAUCACCACCGCCGAAACACCAACGUCCAUCACCGCGACUACUUUCAUCACCACACCCACGGACGCCACCACAACAGAAUCAACCACAUCGGCUUCUACGCUGACAUCCUCUCCUAUCUCUUUGCCAUCCUCAGGUGUGCCAUCGUCCGCAACCCAACCCACGUCGCUAGCGAGCCAGACAGCCUCCCCGUCAGACGGAAAUAAGUCGUCACCCGAGGGUUCAAGCAACACAGCAGCCAUCGUCGGCGGCGUCGUCGGCGGUGUCGCCAUCAUCUGUGUCACAGUCAUUGUUGCAAUCUACAUCAUGCGACGUAACAAGCGCGCCACAGAGGAAGAACCUCAAGAGAAGCGAGGGAGCCGCUUCAGGUCGUGGGGACGGUCGUCCUCGAAGCCUCCCAACUAUGAACAAAGUGAAGCUGUUCGAACAGAUACACAAGGGUUUGACGCUGGACAGAACAAGAUAUACGCCGGCUGGGGCCCGUCUGAAGUGUACGGAUCAGAGCCUCGAAGAGAUCCCACGGCGGCUCCGGUUGAGUUGCCGGGCGCCUCCCCCGUAGAGCUUCCGAGUCGGAGAGGUUAA